AUGGCUCCGUCAGCAAUCACCCCACCACAGGGCGUCCAGGAGACCUCUGAGCUCACUGCAGCUGCCGUUGCCGGAAAAAUUGCCCAGACCGCCCCUGGGCUACUGAAAAGGGUUGCUGAUCCUUUGAACAGUGGCGUUAAAACCACGCUUCGACCCCUAGAUGCCUCGAGAUUAAGGUUCACGAGAACCACCACCCCAAUGACGGUUCCCCAGCCUGGAGAUCCAAUCAUAGCCACAGCUUCUCAAUGUACGGACCACAUGAUAACGGCUGUGUGGAGAUCGACCACCGGCUGGGGCGAUCCUGAGCUGAGGCCUUAUGGCAACCUUUCUUUGGCUCCUACCGCAAGUGUGCUUCAUUACGCUACUGAGUGUUUCGAGGGCAUGAAGAUGUAUCGCGGAUUUGAUAGAAAGCUUAGACUCUUCAGACCAGAUUCAAAUUGUAAGCGAAUGCUUGUGUCGUCAACCCGAAUUGCACUUCCAGGCUUCGACCCAAAGGAACUUGAGAAGUUGAUCAUUGCCAUGAUCGCUGUAGAUGGACCAAAAUGGCUACCUAAAGCUGGAACAUUUUUAUAUUUAAGACCAACGAUGAUUGGGUCGGCAGGGGCACUCGGCGUAGCAACACCGAAAGAAGCUACUCUUUUCGUGAUUGCAACUUUUAUGCCUCCUCUCGGAGCACCCCAGGGAUUGAAGUUGUUGGCCUCCACGGAUGGCGUUAGAGCCUGGCCCGGCGGUUUUGGGUUUGCUAAGGUUGGUGCGAAUUAUGGCCCAAGUUUGAUGGCAAAUGGAGAGGCGCGAGCCCGAGGCUACGAUCAGGUCCUAUGGCUGUUGAACGGCCAAAUCACGGAGGCUGGCGCGAGUAAUUUCUUUGUGAUGUGGAAGUCAAAGGAAGGGAAAACGCAGUUGGUGACUGCUCCUUUGGGCGACAAGAUUAUUUUGGACGGAGUCACAAGAAGAAGCAUUUUGCAAUUGACUCGUGAGAGGUUGUCACACGGAAGAACUGGCCAGGAUCCUGUCGAGAUCGUGGAGCGCCAAUUUACUAUGGAAGACAUCGUGCAGGCCGUAAAUGAGGGACGCAUCUUAGAGGCCUUUGCGGCAGGAACAGCUUAUUUCGUGUGUCCUGUCUCCGUCAUUCAUUACAAAAACCAAGAUCUCCAGAUUCCUAUGUCCCAAGGCGAUAGUGGACCUUAUACCGCUUUGGUCAAGAGCUGGCUAGUUGAUAUCAUGUACGGAAGAGAGCAGCACGAGUGGGGUGUGGUGGUGGAAGAGGAACAGCCCUUCUGA